AUGCGCAGUGGAUCGAGCCUCACAGGAGAUAUCUUGCAACAGGCAAACGGGGCAUUCUACGUGUAUGAGCCUUUUCACAUGCUUCAAUACGCAAUGGAGGCGAACAAUUCAACAAUUCUGGACCUGACAAAUGGAUCUAAGAGAUUUCCUCCCUAUGAUUUCGCCGAAGAGGCUGUCCAAGAGCUUUACGAUUGGUUAACAUGUGACGUCAUUAGCUUGCCGACAAUGGCGCUUAAAGAUGGAUUUAUGAACAUUGGGCUGAAAUCAAGAAUAUUCCCACUGUGUUUAACAGAAAAAAUAAAAACGUUAAAUGAAUCAGACGCAAUAAAAAUGUGCGCAAAGCAGCUUCAAACCGUAUGCACAGAAUCGUCGUUCCGAAUCGUAAAAACAAUUCGACUGGAAAUGAGUUCCGUAACACAUUUGCUUGGCAUGUUUCCAAAUCUAAAAAUUGUUCAUCUCGUAAGAGAUCCAAGGGCGACACUUGUGUCGCAAGCUUAUGUUGGCAUGUGUUCCGGAAAACAUGGGGGAAUGUUACAAUGCGCGAACAACUUAUGCAAGCGAGUAGAAAAUGACAUUUUGGAGAAGGAGCGGAUAAUGAGUGAACUUCCGGGUCGCAUCUUUCCGGUUGUAUACGAAGAUAUUGCUCGUGAACCGAUCGAAACUGCAAAGAAAUUGUUCGAUUUCAUCGGAGCUGAUUUUACUGAGGAGGCGAAGGAAUACAUAUUUAAUAUAACAAAGGCCGGGCAAGAAGAUAAUUGUGCCAUCUGUACGACACGGUCUAAUUCUACAAAGCACAUUGAUGCGUGGAAAACAGAAAUGAAGACAACGCUUUUAAAUGUUGUGCAAGAACGGUGUAACUACGUUCUUCGUAGAUACAACUAUACAAUUUUGCCGUAUGAGAGCUGAAAUUAAUUACUUUGCAGAUUAAUGUGUA